ACCUGCUACAAAUUCCUCCUCACUCCGGCCAGUGUCCGAACCGCCGCACAGCACCAACCAACUAAACUACCACCACCGCUCCCACCAAGACGCAAGCUUUCCCCAAUGGCGGUGAGUGCAGUGGUGCUGCUCCUCGUGGCGACAUCGGUGGUGACGACAGCGCUGGCCGUGCACGACUACGGCGACGCCCUCCACAAGAGCAUCCUCUUCUUUGAGGGCCAGCGCUCCGGCCGGCUGCCCCCCGACCAGCGCCUCCGCUGGCGCCAGGACUCCGCCAUCCACGACGGCGCCGCUGCCGGCGUGGACCUUGAGGGCGGGUACUACGACGCCGGCGACAACGUGAAGUUCGGGUUCCCGAUGGCGUUCACGGCGACGCUCAUGUCGUGGGGGCUGAUCGACUUCGGGCGCAGCUUCGGCGCGCACGAGGCGGAGGCCCGGAAGGCGGUGCGGUGGGCGACGGACUACCUGAUGAAGGCGACGGCGACGCCCGACACGGUGUACGUGCAGGUGGGCGACGCGUUCCGCGACCACUCGUGCUGGGAGCGGCCCGAGGACAUGGACACCCCGCGCACCGUGUACAAGGUGGAUCCGGCGCACCCUGGCUCCGACGUUGCCGCUGAGACCGCCGCCGCGCUGGCGGCCGGCUCCAUCGUCUUCCGCGACGCCGACCCCGCCUACUCCCAGCGCCUCCUCGACCGCGCCAUCAAGGUGUUCGAGUUCGCGGACAAGUACAGGGGCCCCUACAGCAGCAGCCUGCACGCGGCGGUGUGCCCCUGCUACUGCGACUACUCGGGGUACCAGGACGAGCUGCUGUGGGGCGCGGCGUGGCUGCACAAGGCGUCCCGGCGCCGCGAGUACCGCGACUACAUCAAGCGCAACGAGGUGGCGCUCGGCGCCAGCGACGCCAUCAACGAGUUCGGCUGGGACAACAAGCACGCCGGCAUCAACGUCCUCAUCUCCAAGGAGGUCCUGAUGGGGAAGGACGAGUUCUUCCGGUCGUUCCGCGUGAACGCCGACAACUUCAUCUGCACCCUCCUCCCCGGCAUCUCCGGCCACCCCCAGAUCCAGUACUCCCCCGGCGGCCUCCUCUUCAAGGUGGGCAACAGCAACAUGCAGCACGUGACGUCGCUCUCCUUCCUCCUCCUCGCCUACUCCAACUACCUCAGCCACGCCGACGCCCGCGUCCCCUGCGGCGGCGCCUCCCCCGCCCAACUCCGCCGCGUCGCCAGGCGCCAGGUGGACUACAUCCUGGGCGACAACCCGCUGCGGAUGUCGUACAUGGUGGGGUACGGCGCGCGGUUCCCGCGGCGGAUCCACCACCGCGCGAGCUCGCUGCCGUCGGUGUCGGCCCACCCGGCGCGGAUCGGGUGCAAGGCCGGCGCGGCCUACUACGCCAGCCCGGCGCCGAACCCGAACCUCCUCGUGGGCGCCGUGGUGGGCGGGCCCAGCAACAGCACCGACGCGUUCCCCGACGCGCGGGCCGUGUUCCAGCAGUCCGAGCCCACCACCUACAUCAACGCGCCGCUGCUCGGCCUCCUCGCCUACUUCUCCGCGCACCCCGACCUGUAG